AGCCGCGCGCUCACACGCAGGAAAUAGUUGUUGGAGCAGAGAGAGAGAGAGAGAAAGAGAGAAAGAGAAAGAAAGCAGCACUUCUUCACAUCCUGAACACCGGCGGAGGGGAACUAUUCACCUGUGCGCUGCCAGAGCGAAUUCACGAGGAUUUCCAUUCAUUUUUAGCACAUUUUUUUUUUAAAGACGACCGAGGGGCACUUCAAACAAGAAUCUCUGCCGGGCUCCUGUCCUGUCCUCCCUAUUUAUUUCGGCGAGCCUUCGUGCCUGGGGUUUUAGCGGACCGUAAUCAACCAUGGCGAGACAUGACUCCCGAAUCUGGCCUGAAUGCACAAAAAUGAUAGGACUGCUCUGCUUGGUUUCGUCGAUACUUCUACAGCACGGAGCUUCAGGUCAGCGUGUGAAGGUAGACCAAGAGGUGACAUCGUAUCCUGGCCAGACAGUCAACCUGCGCUGUGCCUUUGCUGAUCCCACUGGGGUACAGCUUUCAAUGGUCACAUGGAUGUACGUGCCAGAGCCAACCCAAGAACCAGUCAACAUAGCUGUUUUUCUCCCCGGGAAUGAGCCCAGCUAUCCUAGCUCACCUGUGAAAGGCAGAGUCAGCUUCGUGCCCAGUCCUCCAAAGGUGGACAGCCCUUCUAUCCAGAUCACUGAUGUUAGGAUGACUGAUGAGGGGAAGUACGCCUGCGAAUUUGCUACCUACCCUGGUGGAAAUGUCCGUGGCACCACCCAGCUGGUCAUGCUAGCUAAACCCGAGAACUCGGCCUCCCCUGUAACAGUGGUUGCUGGCACUAAGCCAGUCACUGUGGCAAGCUGUAAGUCAGCAAAUGGCCAACCCGCUGCCGAGAUCUCCUGGGUGACUACAGCCAAUGGCAAUUACACAACGAAGCAGCAGCCGGGGACUGACAACACGUUGACGGUGAUCAGCGAGUACAUCAUGGUCCCAACGCCAAACGACAAUGGGAAAGAAAUUACCUGUGUCGUAUCGCACAGGACCCUGGUCAAACCAGAGAGCUUCAGGAUGAAUUUAGCAGUUCAGUUUGCUCCCCAGGUAACCAUAGAAGGUUAUGACAACAAUUGGUACAUUGGCCGCACAAAUGUGGAGCUCACCUGCAAGGCUAAUGCAAACCCCCCUCCAGUCACUGUCCAGUGGAAGUCGAUGACAGGAGAGAUUCCACCUACAGUGGAGCUCGUUGAAAAUGUGCUCAAGGUACAGAAGGUGGACGAGUCUGUCAACACCACUUUUGUCUGUGAGGUCAACAACAAAAUCGGGACAACCAAAGAACAGUUUGGAAUCCUGGUCAGAGAGCCCCCAAAGAACCCAUCCAAUGCUGGCGUGGUGGCGGGAGCUGUGAUUGGCUCCCUGCUGGCCCUCCUUUUGGUUGCCGCUCUCAUCGCCGUGCUCGUCACCCGUAGGCGCAGGCAGCAGCAGGGUUACCGCGCCAAUGGCGGUAGUGACAUGAAGACGCGCAUAUUCGGGGGCGGCAAGAAGGCGAGCAAGAACGGCACAAAUGGAGGUGCGGGAAACGGUGGCGGCAACAACAACGGCCCCAUCUACGUUUACAACGAGAACUCCCCCAUUCAGGCCCUUGGAGAGAAAAACAACCACCAGCUGAUUACCAUGGGAGGCCACCCUGAAGUUGUUAGCACCACACCCACUGCCCAAGACAUCCUGCUAAGCAACGAGUUGGACGACGCGGAGAAGAGGAAGUUUGAUGAGCUUGACGAAGCAGAGAACUACGAUCACUACAAUCCUGGUGGCCCCAUCCAUUCACUUCGCUCAAGGCGCGAUCAGGAGAUGAUUGGAGAAUACGAUGAUGACAUGGAGUCCCAGCGUGAUGGCUCGGUCAUCUCACGGACUGCAGUUUACGUAUAGAGGAGGAGGAAUUGGAGGAAGGGGGAGGAGGAGGAGGCAAAAAGGCGAGCUGGAGAAUUCCUCCUGAGGAUUUUAUGGCUCUGGGGUCUUGUCCCUGUUUGAUGGUGAAAAGAAAAUCAUACCACUUUUAUUUUUGAAAAACAAAAAAAUCCAUUUUAAAUAUAGUCUAUCAUUAAUCACAGUGGACAGAAUGAAAAGAGGGUGUGGUGGGAUGUUGUAAAAGGAUUGUUGUUGUUGUUAUGUGGUCCCUAAGAACUAAAAAUCAAACGGAGAAAAGAACAACAUGCCUCCCACCGCUUCUGCUCGUGCUCUUGCUAUCACUGGGACCUUGCCUAUUGACAGACAGACAGGCUAAAGAGAAACAAUAUAAUGUGGGAGUAGGUUCAUGGAAAUGUGAUUACAAGCUUGGCUAUAGAGGAGGCAUCUCACUUGCAUAUUCGCUGUUAUCUUCACUAAAACAGUAGCAGUGGAAUAAGUUGUCAAGCAGUUACCUGCUGCCUGCAAAUCUCUUUACUUCUGUGGGAAACUUUUUGUUUUGCCAACAUGUUGAGCUGUGACACCUGGUGGGAAGUGGAGGACAUCAGUAUGAGUCAGUUUGAAAGUAUAGACGGUAACCAUCAGGUAAUUUCGAGACAGUAAAAAUGUAUUUGCUUAUGUCUGCUGGUGAGUUCGCUCUGCUCUCUCUGCCUUCUUCUCAAAACAACUCUGCCAACUAUCACAGGCAGUAGACACUCUCAAUUUGAACUUAGCCAAAAAUUUAUAGAACAUGAGGUCUUUGUGUGCCGAGCAAAUGGAAAAGCAGUUAGGUUUUAACAAAGUAAGUUUGCUGAGAGUUUGAACCAAGUUCCUAACAAGGUGUUCACAAGCAAACUUUUGCACUGUGCCUGGAGGUAAGAGACGGUAAACAAGAGAUGAGGGAAUGAGGUGUAGCUGAUCUGACAGGGUCAAAGGAUGGGGAGAGGGAUUCAGGAGGCAGGAGGACUAGAAAGGAGCACGUCUCUUCUUUUCUCUUCCUCCUCAUCCUCAUCUAUUCAGAGCGCUCCUGACAGGAGGAGCUUGAUUGGUAAUGAGCCGUGAAGUCGCUCGCUUAGCCGGGACCAACAGAUUGCCACCACUUAUCGUUUAUGACGUGGCGAUUCCUCUCCCCCUCCCGCCUCCAUCUCUCCAUCAUGCCUCCGUCUCUCCUCCUCUCUCUCCUCAUCCCUCUCUCCCUUUCUCUCCAGUGUUUAUGGGGAGUUUAUGAUUUAUCCAGGGCGGUGUUGAGGUCAGGGCUACCGAGAGCAAAGUAGUAUUUUACCGCUCCUGAUGUGUCAGACACCCCACUUACUCUACUCCAGCCCGGUGUGCCCUGACAUGCCAGGAGUGACUAAUCCACCUGGAGUGGCCAUGUUCACUCCACUGCACAGACACCCCAGCUGCCUCUCCCGCUUUAGUAAAUGGUGAGAUGUAACGAGAGCCCCACCUCCAGAGUGCAAUGGCAUUAGGUUAGACAGAUUUUCAAUGAGAUCAUAUAUUUCUUUCCAUUAGCCAGUGUUGUUAAAUGUAGUGAAUUGAUCGGGAGACAUAAAAGGUUGCAUCCGCAGCAAAGCUAUGGGAGUCAUAUUGACUAACAGGCAACAUGCGGCGAAAUGGCCCUUUUUAUGAUGCAGGUUCAGGGCUGAUUGUCUCCUGACUGUUAAUUUAUCCUUUUAACGAGCCACCGGAGGCCCGCUCGGGCAAAUAUUACUCCGUGGCUAUUGUACACCGCUGUCUUUGAGGCUCAGUGUGUACAUUUGCAUGCGUCACCAUAUCUGCAUAGCCACUGGGCGACUGUGAUGGACAAUCGUAGAGAGAACCGAAGCUCCUCUAAUCGUUGCGUUCCCUGCCCUUCUAAUCAGCUCUCCUUGGACCCACUGGGAAUCCAAUGAAUGGGGUCUUGAUGACUGUACCUGACCUCCUGUAAAGGACCUUCUAAGAAAUGGGUUGGCUUCUGCUGCAGGUCAUGAGGGCAAAUGCAGGGUGACCCAUUCCUAAGGGCAAAGAUGACUGUGCUUGCCUUUCUUAUCGUGGCUGUUUUUUAACCUUGAACUGCAGAUGUGAGAGAAACACUCACCCAGUAUCUGUACAGGGCGAGGCAGACCUUGUUUGCCAUUGUGAUGGCUGUUAACCUUCAGAGAGGUGGCGAGAGAGAGAGACAGAUGACAAAAAUAGAGACAGCGCUUCGUGUUUGAGCACCGUCUAGCAUAUUGUAAGCCAGUGUGUUCAAUAGGAUUAUCGUCUAAUGGCCUUAGCUUAUACAUAAAUGCAACUCCUGCCAACCUGGGGUACAGUAAAUUUGCCGAACGCAGCUGAUUUGUCACAGCCACUCAAUAUGAAAAUGUAUUAUUUUUACACUUGUAUGUGUCACCAAUACAAAGAAAUAUGAGUGCAACACUUGUUUUUUUUUUUUUCUUUUGGAAUGGGGGGGGUCAAAAAAAAGAAUACUGACAAAGGGACAAAAAUGUUGUAUGUACAUUUUGGUGUGAGCUAUCUGUGUACUAUAUACGUAAGCAUCUUUAUUUUUCUUGUGAAAAUGUGGAUAUUUAUGAAAAUGUAAAUAUCAGAUCGAUGGAGCCAGUGUUUCCGAUGUUAUGGAAGUAAAGAGGAAGGCAUUUGUGGGUCGGCUAAACCUCAGAAGGCAUUCAGAAUGUAAUUUUUAACCUAACGCAUACCUCAGUAGUUUGGGUGUUUUAUAACAUACUGAACUGACUGAGUUUAGUUUAUCCAAGGGCCAAUUUGAUUCCAGGGGAUGCAUAUGCUUGAAUUUUUGUUUAUUUCUUUUAUCCAAGGUAACUUUAUCUGCAUUUAUAAGCACACAUUUCUUUGCAGACAAUUGGCUUCACCUUCUCCUUGACAGACACUCUGCACAAUGCAAAAAAUUACACACAAUACUCAAUUCAUCAGGUAGACCGUAACGACACAAGGAACGGUCUGUUGAGUCAGCGCUCGGUGUGUGUGUGCAUAGCUGUGUGCCAGUGUGUUCGCAGGCUUUAGGACAUCUCUCGCUGCCAUUGGACUGUAACUUGAGUAGCCACCCUUUGUCACCAUGGAAAACUGGCAAACCGAAGAUAUUAUUGUGCAUUUCGAGAAGACACACUCACUCGGCGCGCGCACACAUACUGUACGUAUACAUUCGCAGAGUGCUGAGAUGCAUUCGCCCACACACAAACACCCCUCAGUCAGUCUCAUUAUGCUCACUCCCACAGCCAAACUGUGCAGAAGACACCUUAUACCUGACAACUCUGCCAUCUCCUGACACAAGCCCACACAAUUGUGUUCGCGUAGCUGCACACACACAAGAACACACUUCGUCUUUCUCUGCCUCUUCCACAGUGGCUCUGUCAGGACACAUACAGAGUUCUGUUAGUGUGGAAAGAGCUGUACCGUGAUGUGUCCCCCUGCUCCAGUGCUUUCUGUCCCCCAAAGUGUCCAGCCUGUUCCCGAAUCAGUGACUGUGUAGAACAUAAACAACUACACAUUCGGGGGAGACGCACACCUUUCACCCAGUGUCACAGAGACGGGCUUUUUAGGAAAGCAAUUGUCCGUUCUGGUCUUGUUCUGCAGAGGGAAAUAUCGCUUUCAUAAAAAUGCCACCGCGCUGACCUCCUCCCCCUCCCAGAGCCCUUUUAAUGCUUUUAGAAGAGUCGCAUUUUUUUUAUUUUUUUUUUAAACUAGACUCCAAAAUGUUUUCUUUUACUUCAGCCACCUCUGCUACUGCGACCGCCUCCACAGACACACAAGCACAUCCCAUUGCCACCCACCUCAGUGCCCAAGUAAGGCUUGUCAGACAAAAUGCUUUUAAGAGAAAUCUGCAAACCUGGUCCGGGUCUAGCACAAGGUUAGAUAGUCAGAAUAUCCGAUAUUUUCUUUUUCCUUUUUUUUUCUUUUUCCAGAAAGCAACAUUCUCUUAUUAUUUCUUUGGCUCCAAACAUCUGAUGAGUAAUCAAAGCCUUAACAUGUCCCAUCUCACAUGCAUUAAGUAAAAAAUGAAGAAAAAAGAAAAAAAGAGAACCUUCCGGUGUACAUAGUAUAAAUAUAUAAAUAUGUAGCAGAAAAAAGAAUUACUAAUUUAUGGUGUCACGUUUGUGUAUUACUCAGUGACAGCACGCAUGAAGGAUUUAUUUUCUCCUGUUUACCGCUUCUCCUCUCUUCUGUUAUUUUUGCAGUGCUUUAUAAUUUAUGUUUUAUGAGUGCUUUAUUCUUGACUGCUGCGCUGUGAUUGCUGCCAAAACUGGCAAAUGUGCUUCUUCUAUACAAGUGAAACUGUAUACAAACACACAACAAAACAGUCUUAUCCCAAAAUGUGCUUUUUAUUAUUGACUGCUUUGUGUAAAGUUGUUCUUUUUUCUUUUCUCUUUUUUGUAUUUUUUUAAUUUGAGUUUUAUUUUGGUCUUAAAAAGAAGAAAAAAGUACAGAUUAGAGUUGGUAUUACCAUUUUUGUCAUGUCUUUCUAGAUUAUUUUUUUUUUCCCGUAUUCAGUUACUAUUAAAGAUUUCUUGAUUUUUGAAAUGUU